CCGCCUCGGCUACUGCAACUCCCUCCUCAUUGGCUUUACACAGGCUUUCCCCCUUUCAGUCCAUCCAAUCAGUGUCCUCCACCUAGUGUCCCCUCCCCUCUCUCUGCCAAUCCCUCCACUGGCCUCCACUCAGUGUCCUCCUCCCCUCUCUGCCAAUCCCUCCACUGGCCUCCACUCAGUGUCCUCCACCCCCUCUUGCCAAUCCCUCCACUGACCUCCACUCAGUGUCCCCUCCACCCCCCCUCUGCCAAUCCCACCCCCUCCACUGACCUCCACUCAGUGUCCUCCACCCCCCUCUGCCAAUCCCUCCAUUGACCUCCACUCAGUGUCCUCCACCCCCCUCUCUGCCAAUCCCUCCACUGACUCCACUCAGUGUCCUCCACCCCCCUCUGCCAAUCCCUCCACUGACCUCCAUCAGUGUCCUCCACCCCUCUCUGCCAAUCCCUCACUGGCUCUUCCACUCAGUGUCCUCCACCCAAUCUCUCUGCCAAUCCCU